CUGUCCUUCAGAUUCCCUGUCUGUGCAGCGGUGCCUCCUGUUUACUGUGCCAGUGUUGUCCCAACAGCAAGAAUUCAACAGUGACGCGUCUUAUCUAUGCCUUCCUCCUCCUCCUCAGUACUGUUCUCGCCUGCAUUAUGCUGGCACCAGGGAUGGAAGAGCAGUUGAAGAAGAUCCCUGGAUUUUGUGAUGAUGGGCUUCAUGCUCGGAUACCGCAUAUGAAUGGCUUUGUCAGCUGCGAUGUGUUUGUUGGAUACAGAGCUGUCUAUCGCAUCAGCUUUGCCAUGGCAGUGUUCUUCUUUCUUCUCUCUCUGCUGAUGAUACAAGUGAAAACAAGUAAAGAUCCCAGAGCCGCAGUGCACAAUGGGUUCUGGUUCUUCAAAGUAGCUGCCAUUGUGGCUAUCAUGGUCGGUGCAUUUUACAUCCCUGAAGGGCCUUUCACAAGAGCUUGGUUUAGUAUUGGUGUUUUUGGAGCCUUUUGCUUCAUUCUUAUCCAGUUGGUGCUGCUUGUGGACUUUGCUCACUCCUGGAAUGAGAGCUGGGUUGAGAGAAAGGAGGAAGGAAAUUCUAAAUGUUGGUAUGCAGCUCUGCUGUCCUGUACGUGCUUGUUUUAUGGCUUGUCACUGGUUUUUGUUGUGCUCUUCUAUGUUUUCUACACGAAGCCUGAUGACUGUGCUGAGAACAAGUUCUUCAUAAGCAUUAAUAUGAUCCUGUGCAUUGCUGUCUCCAUCGUUUCUAUCCUUUCAAAAGUUCAGGAACAUCAGCCUCGCUCUGGCCUCCUCCAGUCCUCUGUGAUCACACUCUACACCAUGUAUCUCACUUGGUCAGCCAUGUCCAAUGAGCCUGAGCGAAACUGUAACCCAAGUUUGCUGAACAUCAUUACCCAGAUAGCUACGCCCACAGUUGCUCCGGCAAAUGCCACUUUUGUACCUGCUACUCCAGCUCCGCCCAAGUCUCUACAGUGGUGGGAUGCCCAGAGUGUUGUUGGAUUGGUUAUCUUUGUCCUUUGCCUCUUGUAUUCCAGCAUUCGCUCUUCAAGUAACAGCCAGGUGAAUAAGCUGAUCCUGUCUGGGAGUGACAGUGCCAUUCUGGAGGAGACUGUGGGAACAGGCAGCGGGGCUGCAGAGGAAGAAGUGCGCCAUGUCAUGGAUAAUGAGCAGGAUGGUGUUCAGUACAGCUAUGCCUUCUUUCACUUUAUGCUCUUUCUUGCCUCUCUUUACAUCAUGAUGACACUCACAAACUGGUACAGCCCUGAUGCAGAUUUUAAAACAAUGACAAGUAAGUGGCCAGCCGUGUGGGUGAAGAUAACCUCCAGCUGGAUUUGUCUUCUACUCUAUCUUUGGACCCUCGUGGCUCCUCUUGUCCUUACUAACAGGGACUUCAGUUAAAGUGCUGCACCUGUCUGAGCUUACAAAAGUGGGGAAUUUUUUGCUGCAAGCCAAAAUGUUUCUGUAUUGCUUUAGUUAAACUGUUCAUGUUACCGUUUUGUAUGUUAAUAUUAACAUACGGAUGGACAGAAAGUUAUGUAUUGCAUAAUGCUUGUUCCAGGAUCAACACUGUUACCAGUUAUCUUUCUAUUUUAACCUUCUGUUAUGGUUGUCUUAUUACUGCAUUUUUAAAAUUCACUACAGCUGUGCUGUCAAAGCACAAAAAAAAAUCUGUUCUGUCCAGUAGCC